GGUUUAUAAAGGCAAAAAAUUAAUCGACAAAAACAAAAACAACUUUCAAACACUACCUACAUUUAUUACUUGAUACAAUUUUAUGAAAUCAAUUAGUGAACCUUCAUAAGUGUAGAAAAACUAAAAACUGAUAUGAUUCUUGAUAUUGAGGAAUGUUUUCAAAAUUGAAAUGCCUAAUCGACGAAAAGGUCGAAAACAUCGUCAACGGGGUUCAAAAAAGAAGGAGAAAUUGCAGGAAAUUCCAGUUACACACUCUGAAGAUCUACUGCAAAAAGCGGACUUGACUAUGAACAAUGAAAGUAGCCUUGUUCCUGAUGAGCUUGGUAUUGCUCGAGGUAUUGCUCCCAGAUCUCCUAUUAUAUCACAAAAAGACGGUAUCAGAAAUGAGGAUGCAAUCAUUACCACUCCUGUAAACAAGAGCCGAUCAAAUAGGAAAACCAACUUUUUAAGUAUGAAUGUAACUAAUCUGGAUGUGUUGUUUGAAUCAAAAAUAAUUUCCAAUAGUUUUAAAUCAGGAACUGAUAUUUUUGUGCCUGAGAAUAAGACUCCUCUCAGAAAGAGAUCUCAUUCAAGUAUUCCUAAAUUACACUCUCCAGGCAAAGAGAGACCCCUUAGGAUUCAUCAAGGCACACAAACAAACCCAGAUAUUGAACCAAGCAUAAAAAAAUGCAAUGAAAUAAUGGAGACUCCUAGAGUCAGCAAAGUAUUCUUGAUGCCAAAAUCUCCUACUGAGAAAUCUUUCCUGAUGCUUAAUAACAACCUGACUAAUACAAAUAGAAUAAAAAUUCACAAUGUUGCAAAUGAAGUUAAUAUAAAUCCCUAUUUGAACAAGAUGAAUAUGGUGAGAAGGGAGAGCAGUUGUGGUGAAUUGUCAUUUUAUUCCCCCAAUUUAUUUCAACAUAAAUCAUCAUCAACACCUCUGGACAAAAUUGAAAAGGCUGGCAAUACUGUAGAAAACUUAUAUGAAUGCUCUUUAAAUGCUGCCAAACUUGAAAUUUUGAGGAGCCCAUUGACCCCUGAGUUUAAAACCAAUAUCAACUUGAAUAAUCCACUUACAGAAAAGGUUGUUGACAAAGAUAGCAGUAUUAGAAGUCUGAGAAUGAAUAUUUCUAGAAGAAGAAGUUACAAAACUUCUCCGAAUUCUGUUCUGACUUUGGGGAGGAGUUCUAGAAAUCAACAUCAGUUGUCAUGUUCCAGGAUCAACAUCAGAAGAAGGUCUUUGUUUGAGGUCUCUGUUGAUCAUUCAAACAGAACAGCUAUUCAUGAAAGUUUGUUAGCAAGACUGAAAAGAUUAUCACAAAGUUGGUCUAAUAGGGUGAUUGAUAUGUGCACUCAUUUGGGAUUACAACUGAAAAAUAGCUUAGGUUCCAUGUGCAGGUGUGAAGCAAAUGGACAGGAAAUUAAUAAAUUGCUUGAGGAAGUGAAACAUGUAAAAUCUGAAGUUGGUGAAUUGAAGAAAAAUAAAGAAAAUACUGAAGAAGUUUUGAAAGAACUUAGAUUGAUCAAAGAAGAACUGAAAUCGGUCAAGGACCAACUGACCUGUCUGCGAGUACAAAGCGUGCCCUAUUCGGCGCCCAACGUUGCUGCCCCCCCGCCCACGACGUCGAACCAACCCCCCUCUGCUCCCCCUCCUCCUCCUCCGCCACCUCCACCACCUCCCCCUCCACUACCGCCAGCCGUGCAGGAUUGCCGUGUCUCUUCGGUUAAGCUGAACGUGGCGAAGAAGUCGGAUAAGGGUGGCAAAGAAAAGUUCAGGCCCUUCAUCACGCCCAAUGACAUUCUGAAUAUCAAACUGAGGAAAAUUCCGGAUCGGAAACCACAUACUCCCACCAGGCGACACGCCAGCCAACCGGAGGCAGCGAAGCAACUGGUGAAGCUGAGACCGGCUUCUCGCGGCUCCAUCAGCCGAUCAGAAACUAUAGACAGCAACUCCACGUCCGACAUGACGUCCAGCGCCCACUCCAGCCUGUGUAGGUUACUAAUGAAGAGCGAGCACUCGAGUCCGAGGUUGAAAAGGUUGCGUAAGAUCGGCGGUUACAGCUAUGAUUCUGUUUACAGGAGAAAUGCGCUGGCGAAGCGGGACAGGGAGAUGUGAACAAAAUUUGAAUGGUCGGUCGGGCUACUCAUGAUCGACGAGAAUAUUGUCUUCCCUUUGAAUGAGAAGAAGUCUAGUUACGUGCGGCCGUCUGUCUAGCCCUUUUUUUUUCAGUAAUGUUAGUGUAUCACCUUGGAAUUCCAUGAAGAAAGUUCCAUUUGGAUAUUGCAAAGUCUUCUCUCUCUCUUCCUAAUUGCAUCUACAAGUCUAAAUCGUCUCAUCUGCCUCAUCUAGGAAAUGCCAAUUUUGAUGCGGUAAAGCCCAUUCUACUUUGGAUUAGUUGUACUGCAACUUCAUGUGACUUCUGGCAAUCUUCAUUCGUUCAUGUUCAUUUGAUUAUAAUAAACCAAUUAGGCGUUACAUCUUUGAUCAGACUUUCUUUAUCGGAUACCGAGGUUCAGCCCUAUUUUUUUCUAACUUAUAUAGAUCGCGUGCACGAUGACCGACCCUGGAGGCAAAAUAUUGAAACAACCUCACUCUUCUGUUGUGUUUCAAUGUUGUGCCUCCAGGGUCUGUCAUCUGACAGUUCUUGCACGCAACCCAUGGACGUUUGACAUUAUUGUAGCUAACCUCACAAUGCGGUAUGUCCAACCCCCCAAGGCAUCAGUAUAUCAUUAUAAAGAGUUGCCAUUAUCUUGUUAUCAUCAUUGAUCUAAGUAGGUGAUUAUAGAACAAAUUCUAUUUAUGUUCACACAGUUGUAAUGACUUUGUUAACUCAUGCGUCAACUCAUUAAUAUUGGAAGAGAUCGAUAAUUCAUUAUAAAGAAAUAACUUAUAUCCUUAUAAUGGAAAAUUUAUCUUCCCUUAGCGCUUUUGUAGUCAAAGAAUUUCCAUGUAAUAAGAUAUUUUCUCAUUAAAAGGUCAUCCAUAAAAGUGAUACUUUAUGUUGUACUAGUUUGUAUAUGUAUAUAUAUAUUUAUGUCGAAAGUUUCGAACUGUAGGUAAUUUGACGAUGUAAUUGAAUGGAGAAAAUUUACUUUUUAUUAAUAUAUUAUGAUUAUAUAAUUUACCUAUAUUUAUUGUACAAAAGAUUGGAAUAAAAUGAAAUGAUAUAUUUUUCUU